UUUUAUGUAGUUUCCUCAUAUCACAACAUUAGAUGGUGCCAUGACCGCAGGACACAAUGUCGCAACAAAAGUACAGUCUACUUACUCCAAUCUUGCAGCUGAAGGUUAUCCUGAUGGAGUUAGAUCUUGGAUUGCAACUGGAACAAACGGGGAUAUCUAUGUUGCUUUUUUCAAUCUAAAUGAUGAGAAAACAACAAUAUCUGCAAACAUAGUAGACCUGGCUAUUGUGCAACCAGGUGGAAGCAUGUUGAGACUUUGCGGGGGAAUCGAAACUUGGAGUGAAACAUAUGUAACAACGAAUGAUGCAUCAUUAUCAGCAGAAGUGGCAGGUCAUGGAAGCGCAUUGUUUGUCCUUCGUUGCUUUUAAAAUUUG